UCGGGAAAAGAAGAUCAGAAGCAGCCUAGAUUAAGCACACAGUGUUUUAGCACAUCUCUUUUGAAUGUACUGUUAUUUAUUAUCCUUACAAAUAACAGUCUAGCAGAUAUGCCCGAACUACGGCUCAUCAGAUUGUGUUUAUGGCUUUGUCUGGCGCGAAUGGUGGUCUCCGGAGAAGCCCUUAAUCUUAAAGUGGGAGGUGAGCUCCUGUUGACGCCGGACAAGUCCACAGUGCCUGACUUCAUCACAAGCAUCCUAUGGAAGCAUGGGAAGAACAAGGUGGCAGAGUGGGACAAGGAUUUUGGUGGUCUGGACGUCUAUGCUGCCUUCAAAGGCCGCACAACCCUGGACCAGACUACUGGAGAGCUGAGAAUCAGUGGAUUGAUGAAAACAGACAGUGGAGUUUAUUCUGUGGAGUUCAACAGCAAACUGCUUGACAAGACAUAUAUACUGUCUGUUAUCAAUGCAGUACCCAAACCCACAAUCACUUCUUCCUGUAACGCCAACCAAACCUCCUGCACUCUGACCUGUGAAGGUGACACCACUGAUGCUGAACCCGUCACCUACAGAUGGAAAGUGGCAGAGGGGGCGUGGGAAGUCGGAGUAAAACAGUUUAAUGUCUUUAAGAGCGACACUGGCCAAUCAACCAACAGUUACAAGUACAUCUGCAAGCUGAAUAAUGCUGUUAGUGGGGAAGGGAAAGUCAGUGAGCCAGUAGGAGAGGUGUUUGGUCCAGAGCCUUCCAAUACCAGUACUAUUGUUGUUGGUGUUGUCAUAUUAGCGCUUGCUGCUGUCAUAACAGGACAAUAAUCCGACACACCUCCAGGCUGUUUAUGGGCUAUUUUACCAAGAAGGAGAGUGA